AAACUAUAAUCGUGGUGUCCCUCUCGCGGUUCAAGCGAAGGCAUAUAAGGUGGGAUGUUGCCGCCACUGCUUCAUCAGUUCCAAAUAAACGCGAGAAGUUUAAGGUCGGCCGCCAUUAUGAAGAUCCUCGUGAUACACAUUCCUCUCGUAAUUGCUCUCUGCUGCUCUCUGCCCAACGUGUCCGGGAAGCCUUUGACCGUUGACGACGACGAGGACGAGGACGCGCACGAAUACGAGUCGACCACCCCCUCAACCACCACCGUUCUCCAGUUCGACGACACCGUGAAAUUGGAGGACGCGGUUCUGAAGGAGGUCGAGGCGAAAGUUGGGGAUUCUAUGCCCGAUAAAAUGCCGAUUUUGCCGCCGAUAAUUCUGCUCGACUUCGCCAACGACACGGACGAGAACGAGAACAUGACCCGCGAGGAAAAGUCGAAACGGACCGUGGACAAUGGUCUCGGUUACGGGCUCAACAACAUCCAGACGAGGAGAUACAGUUAUUAUUUCCCAAGCGGGAAGAGUGGAACGACGGUGAGCAUCGAGGAAUCGAUCAGCCCUUUCCUCCCGAAGACCAUAAUCGAGAGGGUGCCCGACACUCACAAUCCGCAGAAAACGUCCAUCAACGUGGUCCACCACAACUCUUUCGCCAUGUCCACCUCCUUCUCCGAGAUAAACUCACAGAAUGAAAGGAGCCAGCACAACUUCGGCUACCUGAACCUUCAUCGAUCGACGAAGCCCCAAUCCCUCGUGUACGGAUUACGGGCGAAGCCUCAAAACACCGCCAACGAGAACUACCGCCAAACCUACUUCACAACUUCGAAACCUGGUGUUCUGAGCUCGUUGGAAAUUCAAAAUUCCGACUAUGCGAGGGACAAUGGAGGGGCGAUCACCACGACCCAAUCACCAGUACGAUACGUGACUCCCGGCCAGGUGAACUUCGCCAGGAAUCAGCAGAGGGGUUCGUUGAGCUACGCCACGCCGGAUCCCCCAUUAUUCCGUAACGGGGAAAGUUACAUCGGUCAGAACCACGUCCAAUCCAAUAUCAAUUCUCACUCAGGCUUCGUCCCUCAAAGUUCCAUCGCCUCCGACUCCUCCACAAUCUCCCCCUACAAUCCCCACACGAUCCCUUCGUUCUCCCCAGCCAACCAGCAGCAAGAUGGGAGCACCGUGCCCAAGUACACGGUGGAAAAUGGGGUGCGUUACGAGAACAAGGUAUUCUGGAAGUAUCCGGACGGCAGGGUGUCGGACGUGCCUCCUGCCACGUACGUGGAGACGACUUAUCCACGGGAAUAUGCGCGCGAGCAAUCGUUGACGGCGCGGCAAUCCGGAAAAUCGCAGGAUUCCCGCUCGAUUUACGAGAGCGAGAUGGGGAUGGGCGCGGUGGCGACGCCUGAGAACAGCAUUCUCUCGCAGGGGCCGAUGCAGUUCCCCACGAUAUCCGAGGAGGCAGGCAGGGAGCCAAACCCGUACAUCUCGGCCGAAUCCUUGUCGACGAGUUUGCCCCAGCAACAAGUGUACCGGCUGAGUUAUCAGAAUCUGGUGAGCCAGAGGCAGAUCGCGGGCCUGGCACAACGGCACAAGGCCAACGGGAACGCGCCACCUUCGCCCCGCCCGGCCUCCUUCAAGAUCGGGCCCAAGUUCGACGCGAAGAAUUACAGGCAGAAUUUGUCGAGAUACAUGGUGGACAGCCCAAAUCCCGAGUACACGGGCAGUUACACGACCGAGGCCAGCGUCAACGCCACUACUCCCUUCUUCUCCUCGUCCAAUUCCAUCGCCUCCGUAACGUCCAAGUACGGCGCCAAGGUGCAGAGUUAUCUGGACAAGGUGCUGUCCGGGGACGAGGGAGAAUCGACGGGGGAGAAGAAAAGUUUCGACAACAACGACUUAAGCAGCUACUCCAACCUGGAAUACUCGGAUCUGUUGAAUUACAACCCGUCCAUAUCGGAGUACAUAAGGAAUCCUUCGUCCAUAUUGAACGUGAGACCGACUUUCGUUCAGGUAGGGAACUCUUUGGUACCGGUGAUCAUACUCAGAGUGGACGGGGCAUCUCCCAUUCAAACCAAGUCAACGCAGAACAUUAAUCUGAAGGCUCUGUUGCAACGUUACCUGGUCCAAUACGCCAAGAACAUUCAACAACUGGCCGUGCCUUCCGCCUACAAUGCUGGGACGACGGAACGAUCGUACGUCAAACGUCCCGCGUACGGGAUCGAGAAAAAUCCUAGCCUCGAUCUGAUUCGUUUGACCGAGGACGACGCACGCCACUCGUCCACUUACAAUUCGAACUCGUACGUGGGCAAAUCGAGCUACGAGACGAGUAAUUUGGAAGAUUCGAAAGAUUUUGCCAACAAUCGUUACGUGGAGGAUUCAAGUUCAAGGGGAAGGCAGAAGGUGAAGAACAUUCAGAUAAUCGACGAUCCGAGAUUCACGAGUUACAAAAGUAAUUGAAAAAUGUAAUAUUUGAAAAGUUUGGAUGCAAAGAGAUGUAAAAUCUAGAUGUACCUGAGAGUGACGUAUCUAUUAUUUUUAUAUAAGGAGCCUUGUGUCGUUGAAAUUGAGAAGAACGAGAUGUAAUUGAUAUGCAUAUAUAUAUAUAUAUAUAUAUAUAUAUAUAUAUAUAUAUGGUUUAAGAAUAGUUGUUUGGUAGUAUUUAUGAUUAUUUCGGGAUUGUGCAAUAAUAAAGUUGGACCUUCGAAAUUUCGAAGAUAUGGCACAUGGUUGCCGCUGAUUGACCAAAUUUCUUACUUCAAUAAGGUACCUUAUAAACUUAGUUAUUAAGGAUCUGGUACUAAACGAUUUACGCUUUUGUAUACAUUCCUACCUUUUUAAUCGAAUAAACAUUUUCAUCGAGGCAAAUA